AUGGCUGAAAUCAUCGGUAAAAGAGAACGGAGGAAGAGUCUGGGAAUGUUUAGCCCAUCCCUCGCGUCAACCCCCGCCCGCCCUCCGCUGCAUGACCGAACACCCUCGGACGAUACCUUGACAAGAGACAAGAAACUGCGCCGAAAUUCAGGCUUUUUCAGCCGCUCAAGCACCACAGACUUCGAUGGGUCCAAUCCUCGCCCGGGGACUGCAGAUUCCGACACCGCUGCUUGGUCUGCAGCUGUGCAUGCACCCUCACCGAUUGAGCCCCUUCGCCCGCGGAGGAAAUCACUUCAGAAAAAACGAACCUCCGUCUUCGGCUCUUUAAAGUCCCUCCAUUCAUGGGAAGACGACGAGCCUCUUAGCGCCUCUGUAGUCUCAAUGGACGAUGCACACCCACCCACAACCCGAAAUGGGAUCUGGUCAUCGACAAUGCUCCACCACGGUGAGGUGCAAACCACUGGAGGCAUGUGGAGGAAGAAGAGUCAAUAUUUGGUCCUGACCGACACCCAUAUCAUUCGUUUCAAAAACCAAAGCAAAGCUGCAGAUGUCUUUCCCUCGAUCCCUGCGUCUUACACUCGACCUCCGGCUUCCCACCGCCAAUCAGUGGCUUCCAUCAGCUCAUUGCAGGAUAUGACACAGUUGGCCGUUGGAGAUCCAACUGCGGGGAUUCCGUUGAAUAGUAUUAUUGCGGUGUACAUGUUGGAGGACGCUCGUUUGUCACCUUCUGUCGAAGUAGCAUACCUGGAUGAGCGCACCCACAAAGCUACAUUGGUGCAAAUGCAGACGUCCGAUCUGCAGGAUCUGAACCUUUGGAUGGUAGGCAUCCGUCAAGCGGCUCAAAUUGCCAGAACGAACUGCCCCAUGCCCUUUAGCAGGGGAUCGGUCGAGUAUGUCACUCGAAUGCUGGAGCAUGAACGAGACUACGACCCGGAGGCAUUCCGCAUGUUCCGUGUCAUUCAAAUCGCAUCCAGCAAGUCAAUCAACCGUUCCUCUUCCGAUGAUCUCACCAAAUUGUCCCCUACAGGCUGCUACCUUGCCAUUGGGUCCCACAAGCUUCAUGUGUUGCCCAUGCAAAAGAAUGCCAAUCGAUCUUCCGUUGUAUCCCUGUCUGACUGGGAGUCUGCCACAUCUUUUGGUCUGAUGAAUUUGACGGGCCUGUCAAUGGAAUACGGCGAUGACAGUCUGCACCUGACUUUCCGUGUUCCUUUGAAGAAAUCGUACAAUGUGUUCCUGGCAUCCGUUCACUCUGUGGAAGUUGCCUGCUGGAUCCGCCAGCAUACAGAGUAUCUGCGUCCGCUGUGGACGAGACAAUCAUACGAAUUCGUUGUGCCGAAAGAACUGCAGAACGACGAUAAUUUCCCGCCAGUCCCUCUGGAUGAAGAUUACGGAUGUCUGGAUCGCACAUUAGUCGCAUACUCGGCCAGCUACGAUAUCGACACUUCGAACAUUCGAUACACCAUUGACCUGGAAUGCGAGGAUGCGCCUUGCUUCCGUCUACUCAAGCCUGCUUCGCCGAAAUCCUCCCGAUACACCGCUUUAGAACUCAUUGCGGUGAUGCGCACAUUGCGAUACAACGAGUUCUUCCGGUCAAUUUCGUUCCGGGGAGUCAAUCUUGAUGCAUUGCAAGGGUUGCGCGAUUCACAUGGUGUCGAUGCAGACGUCCACCUUGACAGAGGCGGAACCUUUGUUCACAUCCCGGGUCAACACAAUUUGACCGUUCUCUCACAGGAAGUGCGUGCACUUGCCCUCAAGAGUAAGUGGCUGCGCCGACUAGACUUUUCGUACAGUCUCACGAGAGUUCCCACGCCAACUUUGGAGAAAGGCACUCGAGACCCUGGCUGUGGAAUCCCAGAAGCUAUUUUCCCUGUGUGCCGUCGAGAAUUAACUAGCGUGGACUGGGUUGUCCUCAAUGGCAUCAAGCUCGGUGAAUCAGACCUGGACUACCUUGUCGAUGCGGCAUCGCAAAGACGAAGUCACCUGCGAGCUCUGGAAGUCGGGGAUUGCGGAUUAUCUGUGCAUGAUUUGGAUCUGAUUUUAUCAACCAUUGUUGCACAGGAAGCAACCCUUGAGGCAAUCAACAUAUCGGGUGUGCAGGGUCGACUCAAUCCUGAUGUCCUCCAGCAAUACAUCGGGUAUUUCGGACAGAUUCGCAAAAUCAACCUCUCUCGAAUUUCGCGAACAUCUGGCACCGAUCCACUGAUCACGGCAGAAAUGCUAUUUAAUUGGCGGCUCGAAGAGCUGACCCUCAGUCGAACAGUCAUCAAUCGUGAGACCGUGGACGCCAUAGCAACAUAUUUAGCCAGCGAUCGGUCCCAGAAUCUAAGCUCGAUUCGCCUUGAUCAGUGUGGCCUGACAGGGGAAGAUGUCGCGAUGUUCAUGCACUCCAUGUCGGCUUUGUCUGGUGAUUCAAGGAAUCUGCAUUUGCAUGUCAAUGAGAACCGCCUUGACGAUGGAUGCUCUCAUAUAUUCAGUGCCAUUGCCAAGAAUCAAACCCCAUCGCAUCUGUCCAUGCGCAUGAUUGAUUUCAAGAAAGAGGAUCAUUUCCGCCAGCUGGUGGAUUCACUCCGAAAGAACAGCACUCUCAAGUUCCUGGAUAUCUCGAAGGCUUCCCUCCCUUACGAUGCGAGCCCGGAAACUUGCCGGUCUUUGCAGGUGAUGCUUGAGGAAAACGAAAGUCUGGAGGUCCUGGACAUCAGUGGAGACAAUGCUCAUUUGGAUGUUGCGCGAUUUGGCAUUGGGCUCAACCUUGCCCUGACUGGUCUGAAGAAGAACAGCUCUCUCAAGAUCUUGAAGAUUGAGCAUCAAAAGCUUGGCUUGCAAGGUGCAAACACUCUUGCCUCGGUCUUGGAGGAGAAUGAAUCGCUUCGCGAAGUGCAUUGUGAGAACAAUGACAUCAAUCUCCAAUCUUUCACUGUGCUAGUCAACGGAUUGCAAUGCAAUCGCUCACUCCUCACCCUUUCUUGUAUGGAUCGAGAUCGACUCCAAUCGCUUGAAAAGGUACGGCGAGAGGUCGACAACGUUCGAUGGGAAACCAGCAGCAGCCAAACUUCCACAGCCAAUUCGAUCCGCCGCUCCUUGUAUGCGGCGAUGAGUGUUGGUCAAGGUCAAUCAGGGCAUCGGCUGCACAAGGCGCCGCCUGCUACCGCCUCAUCGCUGGAAACGUCCCCAUUCGCCAACCACAACGUCGAACUUGUCCUAGAGUCUUUGAAUAGUAAAUGGGACCAGGAAGUCACCCGGCUUCGUCGAUAUCUGCAGCGAAACUACAACAUUGCCAAUGGUGUCGAAGAUGAUGGCAUCGACGACUCUGAAAGUGAUGGGCGUCCUGCCACAGCAGCAAGCCUAGGCACAAUGCUGGACAACCUCAAGUUUGACGUUGCUGUUUCAACCGACGAAAUCAAACCCCCAGCAGAACCAACCUCCAUCCUCCUCUCUGAACCAUCAGACACCCGCUCCGUAUCUCCAACCAACAUCUCAGUCUCCAAACGAUCCCUCUCUAAACCUCGCCCACAUACUGCCCGUGCAUCCCAUUCCCACUCUUCCGAAUACAGCUCCACAUCCACUCAAAGCUCCCGCCUCGCCCUCCCAGUCCCACCAGUCCCACCAAUCCCAGUCCCCCAAUCCGCCCGCAAAGCAAGCAGCGUCCGCAGCGCACGCUCAUCCACCAGCACCGUUUCAACAGGAACAGGCAGCGGCCGAAGCGCCUACGGCACCGCCUCAUCAACCCUCCGCGGCUUCCUCAGCGGCAGUGCCCUCCGCGAACGUCGCCGCGCAGAAGCCCGCAAAGACUCCCGCGAAUCACGAGACUCGCGAGACUCAAGGGAAAUCCGCGAAUCUCGCCCUUCAACAACUGUCUAUGCAAAUGAACCACCCCCAAAGCUCGACUGGGCUCCUCCCAAGAUCGAUCUGGGCGAGUUGCAGUAA